AUGAGGAGAAAUAUACUUCGAAAGUUUUGCCUUAGCAAAAAAAAUGUCAAAAUUUUGGAUGUACACCGAAGGGAAUUCGUUUGCAAGCCUCUGUUAAAUAAUGGAAUGACAUACCGGUGCAGUGUGUUCCUUGGAGGUAGUAACAACUGGCUUGCAAAGAGCGAAGUGAAGGCGGCAUCUUUUUUCUCAACAGAGAAAGAUAAUUUGAGCUCAUUCACCAAGGAACAGAUUGAGGAAAAGGUGAUGACCGUGCUGAAGAAGUACAUACCCCCCAAUGUAGAAAUUAAUUAUAAUGAAGAAUUGGAAAAAUGUAAAACGAAAGAUAAUAGAGCUUGGGAUUUUCUGGACACCGUCGAGUUUUUAAUAGACAUUGAAUCUGAGUUUAAUAUCACCAUACCGGACGAAACAGCAGACAACAUCAAAACUGUGCAAGAAGUAAUCGAUUAUUUGGUUCAGCUGAAUAUUAAGAAGGCGUAG